GUUUAUAUGAGCACAACGGUUCCACAAAAUAUCAAAGGAAGUAAAAUCGCUGGACGGCAUACACCUACGAGAAAUAGUUUAAGGCACAGUAGAAUGCUUGUCGUCAACAAUAAAACUCAGCAAGGUGUUCAACAUCCAAAUCCAAUGAACUUUAAAUUUCCAAAUCUGGUACGCUGGCUUUUGAUAUUGGAAAUUUUAAUUGGUUUAUUCGUAACAUUCCUAUCGAUUUGGGUGUUCUUUUUGACACCAAAUACGGCAAUACAAGAUAAUCCAUAUUGGAGCGGUUUAGCUCUACUACUUGCCGGUAUUCUUGGACUUGUGCUUGUACGUUAUAAGCGUAUAAAACGCAACAAGUUACGUGAAAAUUGCUUUAUUUUUCUGCGUGCCGAUUUAUAUAUCUUGUCAUUGCUGGCGGUGCUACUAUGUAUACUGGCCGUGAUUUGUGCCUCAAUGCACUAUGCGCGUCUUACUGCUUCUGACACUAAAUGUGAAGCCACACUUAUACUCCAGGAAGAAGGCUCAUGCACAUGUACAUUCCAUGCCGAUGAUGAAGCAUUAUCUGCAGUUAAUGCAGUAUCAAAUAAUGAAAGUGCGGUGCCUGAAACUGUUGAGAAUCGUAGUUAUAAAGUAGAAUAUAGAGAAUUGAGUUGUGACGAAGUCAAAGGCAAAUGGACUACGAUACUGGGACUUUCAAUUGCUGCUAAUACACUUGGGUUUAUAAUUGCAUUGGCUCUUAUCUUACUGCUUGCCUGUUACAGACAUAAUUCAAAACGUAUUUAUGCGUCCGUCCACACAAGUACCUUUUAACACAAUAACCAUUUUAUUUUAACAUGUUUUGUAUGUAAUGUAUUUGUAAUUUUUUUAGUAUUAUGAACAAAUGAAUUUAUGGUGGAUUAAACAAAAGCUCAAUCUGUACUUAAUUACGAUAUUAAUUAGUAACGUGUAAUUCGUUAGUACUUCGGUUAUCUCUUUUUUAAAUUAAGCAUUUAAAUU